GACGGAACUCCUCUUGUGGUCCUUGGUGACUUCAACAUUCACCUGGACAAGCCACAUGCAGCUGAUUUUCUAGCACUCAUUCCCACGUUUGACCUCAAGCAGUUCACCACCCCAGCAACUCACAAAGCCAUCAAACAGCUCAACUUCAUCCUCACAUAAUUUUUAUUGGAAAAGCACAUUUUACAUAAUACCCCAUCCAACAACCCCACUAUACCCGGCCCCAACAAAAUAAUCACAGCCAAAACCAAAAGAAAGGGGGAAACAAAAAAACAACAACAAACAAACAUACAGAAAAAACAAAAACAAGCAAACAAACCAAAAAACAAACAAACAAUUUAAAAAAAAAAGAUAAAAAGUAAGAUGAUUAGCAUUUACCAUCUACCUUCCCUCAAGCCACCUCCAGGGUGCGUACAUUAUUGAAGUAGGUAAUAAAUUGUUACCAUUUUCCCAAAAAUGAUUCACCCCUGCCUCUGAUGUUCCCCCUCACACUUCUCACAUAUUGUGACAACCUCACUUCCCUCAGAUAGCCACCUCUCCUCACUGGACUUAAACACAGCAGAUGACAUGCUAUGUUCCACUCUAACCUCUUCUCUUGACAGCAUCUGCCCCCUAACCUCCAGACCAGCUCGCACAUCACCCCCUAGCCUUUGGCUCUCAGAAGCUCUGCGUAACAAUCAGGCCAAACUAAAAGCAGCUGAAAGGAAAAGGCAUAGCAUCUCCACUGCUAAAGCAGUAUACUACCAAGAGAAGAUUGGCAGCUCUCCCAACACCCGCACUCUCUUCAAAACCUUUUCUUCUCUUCUCUGUCCCCUUCCUCCCCCUUCCCCUAGUUCUCCCACUGCAGGUCCUACUCGACCUCUCUGCUGCUUUCAACACUGUGAAUCAUCAGAUCCUCCUGUCAACUCUCUCCAGCCUAGGCAUCACUGGAAUGGCUCUGCGCUGGGUGGAAUCCUAUCUCUCCGACAGAUCCGUCAAGCCUGAUGAUCCAACCGUCUCAGCACGCAUCUCUGCUUGCCUGUCUGACAUAAACUGUAUGAGGGAACACCACCUUGAGCUCAACUUGGCAAAAUCUGAGCUUCUCGUCAUCCCAGCCUGCCCCUCAAUCAACCACAACCUCAUGGUACAGCUCAGCUCAACCACACUCAAGCCAACCAGGACAGCCAGGAACCUUGGGAUGACUUUUGAUGACAGCUUGACCAUUACAGACCACAUUUCAACAACUGCACGGUCCUGUAGGUUUAUUCUGUAUAACAUCAAGAAAAUCAGACCCUAUCUCACCAAACAGGCUAAACAGCAACUAGUCCAGGCAACUAAUCUUGUCAUCUCAAAACUGGACUAUUGCAAUGCACUACUCUUGGGCCUCUCAGCCAGCUCCAUCAAACACCUUCAGACAAUUCAGAAUGCAGCAGCACACCUCGUCUUCAACCAGCCCAAAAGAACCAAAUGUCACACCCCUCUUCAUCUCCCUCUGCUGGCUUCCUGUAGCCGCCUGCAUGAAAUUCAAAGCCUUGAUGCUCAUGUACAGGACCUUGUCUGGAACAUCACCCCUACCUCAACACUCUCCUGAAGGCUUACAUUCCCUCACACAAUCUGCGAUCAAUUAAUGACUGAGGCUUAAUAGUGCCUACUCAGCGUGGUUCAAGGUCCCUUUCCAGAACCUUCAAACUAAUUGUCUCCCAGUGGUGGAAUGAACUUCCAUCCUCAAACCGGAUAUCAGAGUCUGUCACUAUCUUCAAAAAACAGCUAAAGACCCACCCCUUCUGUGAGCAUGUAACUAACCCCUAAAAUGCCAACCCCAUAUUAUCUUAAAAAAAACAAACCUUAUUCUGGCACUUACACCUCUACUCUGCACGCUUUGCUUUUCUGGAACUCAAUUGUAAAUCUUGCAUGGUAGCACUUGAUUAUUGUUCUCCACUUGAUUUAUCGCUUGAUAUAUCGCUUUGCUUGUAUUUCCCCAUUUGUAAGUCACUUUGGAUAAAAGUGUCUGCUAAAUGAAUAAAUGUAAAUGUAAAUACAUGUUCCAUUAAUACAAUUAUCCUCUUACAUUGAAAAAUAAUACUAAGCAAUUUCAUUAUCAUCUUGAGAUAAGCAUCAAUAUGAGUAUGUACAGUGUGAGGCAAUAUGUAUUCAGUGUCUAUAUCCACUUAAAAUUUACAUAACUUAUAUCUUUUAACUUUGUACAUACAAAAAUAUAUAUACACAGUAUAUACAGUUGCAGUCAGAAGUUUACAUAUACUCAUCAUGGACAUGAAUGUCAUGGCAAUAUUGGGUUUUCAGUAAUUUCUUUGAACUGUUCUUUUUCUGGGGCAGAAUUAUUGUACUUACAACUUUAAUAAAAAAUGUAAAAAACAAGAAUUUGGUUCACAAGUUUUAAUUUAUUUGAGGUUUUCUGGAAUCAUCACAAGGUCAAAAAUAUACAUACAGAACAUCUGAUAUUUAGCUGAAUGUACCUUAGCAAGUUUCACCCUGAGCAGACUUCAAUUCAAUUAAAUUAAAUUUUAUUUGUAUAGCGCUUUUUACACUGGUCAUUGUCUCAAAGCAGCUUUACAGAAAUAUAUAAACACGGGAUACAGAUUUUAAAUGUAUGAAUUUAUUGGAAGAGUGGUGUCACUGGUUAGAGGGGGCAGUUCAUCCGCUUCAAAUCAUCACAGACAAUAAAAACUUUGAAUACAUCAAGACAGCUAAAAGACUGGACCAACGCCAAGCCCGCUGGUCAUUGUUCUUUACUCGAUUCAACUUCACUGUCACAUACCACUGUGGCAGCAACAAUAGCAAAGCAGAUGCACUUUCAAACAGGCAUGAUCCUCCCCAUACACAACCUCACCCUGUAUGCAUACUUCCACCAUUCAUCAUCAUUGCACCCAUCAGCUGGGACAUCAUGGAAGAAAUACAGAGAACACAACAGGAUGAAC